AUGAUUUGUGCUUUAAAUGCAAGAUACACUCUUUCCAUUAUGUUUUUAGCCUAAGAGUAUUGUGGAAUUUAAUGGGAUUACUCAAGAAAGCCACCCUUAAAAAAGAAAACCAAUUUUUUAAUAUCCAAGAUUAAUGACAAAGAAAUUUAAUAUUUUAAAGAUGGUUCAAUAAUAAGAAUGUAUUUAUGAUAUCACCUAAAAUUUUGUUAGAGAUAGAAUUACAAACACAACAGAUUUCAAAGUAUUUAUUAAUUUUGAAUAAAUACAACAUUUUUAAUGGCAUGGAGCUUAUGGACUAAAUAAUUAAAGGACUGGGAAAUGGACAGCAACAUGGUAAGGAGAAUCUCUGUUGAAUGUUGGAGGGGAUUACUCAAAUGAUGGAAAAAAAUAAGGUUAAUGGUAGGAAAUAAUUUAGAACUAUUGUUGGUAAGCUCUUGAUAAUUAAGUGAUCUAGGUAUGUUAAAAUAUAUGAAAUUGGAGAAUAUAAAGAUGAUUUGAGAUAAGGACUUUGGAAAUUUAUACAAGGAGAUAGAACAAUGUAUGUUUAAGAUUAAUAAUUUUAGAGGUAUUGGAAAAUAUAAUGAAUUGGGAUUAAAAAAUGGUAAAUGGAAAGAGCUGAGCGAUAAAUAUUGUAGCCAAAAGCAAAUUACGUUUGUUGGUGAAUAUUUCAAUGGUAUCAAAAUUGGUCGAUGGGAUACUGUCUUUAAUGGAAACUAAAUGUAUAUUUUCAAAUUUGAAAAUUUUAGCGGAGGUGGAUCUUUUAAUGAGAAAGGUUAGAAGAUUGGUUUGUGGAUUGAGUUAAGUGAUGGAUAUUACGAAAGGUCUUAAGUAACCUAUUAAGGAGUGUAUAAUGGUAAUACUAAUAAAAAUGUUGGAAGGUGGGAAAUUAAAUAUGGAGGUGAAAAAUAAUUAAAAAUGUAAAUAAUAAUGUUUAAAAUUAUUUUAGUGGAGGUGGAUUAUAUGAUGCAAUAGGUUCGAUUAAGAUAGGUAGAUGGACAGAGUUACAUGAAGGAUUCGAUUAAGAUUCAUAAGUCACUAUUGUUGGAGAAUACACCAACGGAAAAAAAAAUGGAAGAUGGGAUAUUAUGUUUAAAAAGGAUGCUAGUUAAACAAUUUAAAUAAUGUAAGCAAAUAUGUGAAAUUUAUUAGCGGAGGUGGUUCUUAUGAUGAAGAAGGCUUAAAGGUUGGGAGUUGGAUAGAGAUUGGCGAUGGGUUGAGUCGCCAUUGUUUAGUGACUUAAGAAGGUGAAUAUAAAAAAGGGACAAAAAUUGGAAGAUGGUAUAUUAUGUUUAAAACAGAUAAAAAUGAAAAUUUUAUUUAAAUGUAAACAAAAAUGUGAAGAAAUGUUAGAGGAGGAGGUUCUUAUGAUGGAGAAGGUUUAAAGGUUGGAAGAUGGAUAGAAAUGGGCGAUGGGUUUGGUCGUGAUUCUUUAGUGACUUUAAAAGGUGAUUACUAAAAUGGGAUAAAAAUUGGAAGAUGGCUUAUAGAUUAUCAAUAUGAUAUGGAUUAUAAAAAUUAUCAGCAAAGAUGGGAGAUUUCUGAAUUAAGGAAUUAUGGCUAAUCUCUUUAAACAAUGUUAAUAUAUCUCAUUAUAAUAGUGGUGGAGGAGUAUACGAAUGUAAUGGUGUAAAGGUUGGUAGAUGGGUGGAAUUAAUUGACAAUUUUAAUGAUUAUUUUCAAGUAAUUUACUUAGGUGAUUACAAUAAUGGUUAGAAAAGAGGUAGAUGGGAUAUUAACUGGAAUAAAGGAGAAAGAAUGUAAAAUGAAAUUAUAUAAAAUUAUUAGUGGUGGUGGGUUGUAUGAUGACAAAGAAGGUAAUACUUUGGUUAAAAUUGGAAAGUGGGUGGAAUUGCAUGAAUAUUUUUCAGAAGGUGACUAAGUCAUUUAUGAAGGUGAUUAUGAUAUGAAGGGUAUAAAGGUAGGUAGAUGGGAUAUUAUAGUUUAAGAGGAUAGAUGGAGAAAAAAAUGUUAAAAAAUGUAAAUUAAAUAUAUGAAUAAUAAUAUGUUAGUGGUGGUGGUUCUUAUGAUUAAGACGGAAUUAAAAUUGGGAGAUGGGUUGAAUUUUUUGGAAAUACUUUUAAACUUCGAUAAGUCUUAUAUAAGGGGAUGUAUAACCCAAAAGGCCUUAAGAUAAAUAGAUGGGAGAUUGAAUUUUAAGAAAAACAUAUGUAUAUAUAAUUUUAGAAUAUAAUGAUAGUGGAGGUGGAUCAUAUGAUAGAUAAGGCUAAAUUAAAAUUGGUAAUUGGGUAGAGUUGGAUGAAAGGUUUGGAUAUUACAACAAGGUUACUUAUGGCGGUAAAUAUAAUAUGAAUGGUCUGAAAGAAGGUAGAUGGGAUAUAUAUUUUUGUGAAUCAGAUGAAGAGGAAUAUAAAUAACUGUAACUUAUAGAUAUUCAUAAGGGAAAAUUUACAGCGGUGGUGGAUCUUAUGAUUAUUUAGAAGGCAAUUCAACAAAGAUUGGAAAGUGGGUAGAAUUGGAUGAAGGAUUUUGGGAUUCGAAAAAAGUCAUCUAUGAUGGCGAAUAUAAUAAAAAUGGUAUGAAGGCAGGUAGAUGGGAUAUAAAUUAUUGUAAAUUUAAUGAAAAGGAAUAUAAAUAAAUGUAAUUAAUAUAUUAGAAAAAGAGAAUGUAGUGGUGGUGGAUAAUAUGAUUAAGAAGGCAAUUAGAAGAAGUUUGGAAAUUGGGUAGAAUUGGAUGAAGAGUUUUUCGAUUGGGUUAGAGUCAUUUGGAAAGGUGAAUAUGAUAAAAAUGGUAUGAAGGUGGGUAGAUGGGAUAUAAAUUAUUGUAAAUAUAAUGAAGAGAAAUAUUAAUUAAUGUAAUUAUGUUAUUGGUAUAGGUUUUGAAAAUAUUUAGUGGAGGUGGAUCAUACGUUGAGAAAGAGGGUAAGAUUAAGAUCGGUAUGUGGGGAGAGUUGCAUGAAAAGUUUUUUGACCACAGAUAUUUCGUUUUAUAUGGUGAGUAUAAUACGAAUGGCAUAAAGGUAGGUAGAUGGGAUUUCUUAGAUCUAACCAAUAAUAAUUCAAUAUGGUAAUAUAAUUAAGUGAAUCUCAUAGCGGCUGCGUUAAUUUUGAUGAUGAUGGAAAUGAAAUUUACAGAAGCGAAGAGUAAUUAUUAUUUUUAAAUUAAUAGCUAAGAUAUUAUUUAUGUUGGAUAAUUUAAAAAAGGAGGGAAGAUAGGCAGAUGGGAUAUAAUGUAUAUGCCAUUUGGGGUAGAUCUCAAUACCCCAAUACAGUAUCGUGAGCCAUAUAGAUAAAUGUAAAUUAUAGGUCAAAAUAUAUUGUUUUAGCGGAGGCGGAUAUUAUGAUUAGGGAGAGAUUAAAAUCGGUAGGUGGAAAGAGUUGCAUGAAGUUUCAUAAAAAAUCACUUAUGAGGGUGAAUAUAAUAUGAAGGGCAAGAAGGUCGGAAGAUGGGAUAUUUGUUCCUGGAAGGAUUCGAAGAUGGAGAAAGAAUAGAUGAUGUAAAUAUAUAAUUAUAAAAGGGAAUAUAAAUAAAAAAAAGUGGUGGUGGAUCAUAUGAUUUAGAAGGAACUAAGUUUGGAAAGUGGAUUGAAGUAGAAUAGUGGUCAACAUUUUUAGGGGAAUACAAUAUGAAAGGUCAAAAAAUAGGAGUUUGGGUAGAAUUGGAUAGAAAGAAUAAGAAAACAUCAGAAAAGAAAUAUGAUAAUUGAAAGUUUAAAUAAUACAAUAACAUAUUAUAAGCAGUG